AUGAAGAUCGCCUCUAUUUUCGCCAUCGGGGUCUUGCUCCACAGUGCCUCUGCAUUGAGGAUCACGAAGAGAGAUGAGAGCUCCGAUAUUGCAAGUGUGGCUGUGGAAAGUCCCAUUGAAAGUACCCACGCGGAAGAGACAGUGGCGCCCACAAAUGCAAACAAUGAAUAUGACGACGGCGGAAGCGCAACAUGCAACGAAUGCAUCAAAGACCCUGGGAUUUGCUGCGCUGUUGACUGCGAGGGCGGUCUGUGUCCCAAGAUUGCGAUAGAGAAUGGGGGCUGGACAAUCAAUGGUCUCAAGAUCACGGGUGGGAAUAAGCGACAUUGA